AUGUCUGGGGCGGGCGGAGCUGCGGGAUGGGGCGGGUGGUUUGCCAGCGCUGCUAGCGCCCUGCAGGAGAAGACUCGGACGGCCGCGGAGCGUACGAACGAGGCCAUCGCAGCCGCCCGCGCGCGCAGCCAGGCGCUCCGGGAUCGCGCGAGCGGCCAGGAGGCGUUGCUCGAGCACUACUGCGCCACGCAGGACCUCCUGAGCCUCGCUUGCGACGCCUUGACCGAGGAAUCCUUCCUCUCCUUUCCGCACGCACGCAUGGCCACGUCCCAGGCCGCGGACGCGCCCGACGGACGCGAGGGCGCCGCGGGCAACGACGCACGCGACAGCGCCACGCCCUGGACGAUGUCGGUCUGGCAGCAGUGCCACGCAAAGCUCGCCCUUGAGCGCUGUCCGCCGAUCGCGGCGCUCCAGAGGUCGCUCACCAGCGCCGACGGUGCGGGGAUGUCCGAGGCUCGAUUCUGGGAGAUAUACUUCGCGCUCGUCGGGCCCCUGCUGCCCCCCGGGUGGGACACGCGCCCCGACGCCCCGCCGCUGCCUGCGGCGUCGACGGGGAAGCUCGGUGCGUGGGCUGCGAGCCUGUCGCAGAACGUCGUGGCCAACCUGACAGAGGCGCUGAAAGACACCGGCCCGGGGCACCAGGCGUUCGAGGUCGAGGGCGGCGAGGCCAUGGAGCGCGGGGGCGGCGCAGCCGACGGCGGCGCGGCGGCCCCUGACGCAGGCGGCCCCGUGAGGGACCCUGACAGCAGUUGGAAGGAGUACGACGACGGACCACGUCAGGGGACACCCCCCCAGGCGGGCGACGUGAUGGAGGGCCUCACGAACUGGCUGGCUGGCGCGGGGCAGAGGGUGACGGAGGGAGCGGAGCGCGCGCAACGCGCCGCGCGCACCAUCGACUACAGGGGCGCGGGCAGCAAGUUCGUGUCUCUGAUGUCGUCGGGGCGCGAGCGCGCGGGGCGGCUCGCGGCGGGCAUGCGGCGCGGCGACGGCGCGGCCCCGGCGGCGGCGGCGCACGUGGUGGACACGCGCGGCGCGUACGACCAAGCGCUGUCGCCACCCAAGGCGACAGCGGUGCCGGACUCCGCCGAGGACGCCCCCGAGGAGCAGGCGGGGACUGCAGAGGGCGGGGAGCGCGCGGCAGGGGCGCCGGAGGGGGCGGAGGCGGCGCGGGAGGCGGAUGGCGAGGAUCCUGAGAUCGAGGCGUUUUUGAGGGAAGUGGAGGACGAGGAGGAGGGUGGGGGCUGGGAGAACCUGGGCGACGGGGAGGCGCGGGAGCAGGAGGCGGAGGAGAAGGGCGAGGAGGAUCUGGAGGAGUUCGAGGCCAUGUUCGGCGAUCUAGACACGAAAGAUGACUGA